AGGACUAAGGCAAAAGGGGUUUUUAAUGGUUGAAUGAGAUUUUGAAAAUUGGAUGUGUGUUGCAUUUUGUGCGUUAAUAUCAGAGGAUGGCGCACACACGACGCAUGGUUCACAGCUGCAGCUUCAUCUUUUUCUUUGUUCUGCUCGAUUGUACACACGGGGACCUGAGCUAUUCUGUACAAGAGGAGCUGAAACGUGGAUCUAUCAUUGGAAAUAUCGCCAAGGAUCUCGGAUUGGAGGUGGGGAAACUGUCUGUUCGCAAGCCUCGUGUCGACAUGGAAAGAAAUGACAAACAGUAUUGCGGAAUAAACCUCCAGACAGGAGAUUUAAUGGUUGCUGACAGGAUCGACCGAGAGGAGCAUUGCGGUGAAAAACCUUCCUGUGUUCUAAGAUUCGAUCUGCUGCUGGAGAAUCCUUUGGAACUACACAGGUUGUCUCUGCAAGUGCAGGACGUGAAUGACAAUGCACCGAUUUUCCCUAAUGAUGUUGUGAGGCUGGAAAUUCGUGAGUCAGCUGCCAAAGGAGCUAAAUAUCGCCUUAAUGCAGCACAUGAUGCAGAUAUCGGCACAAAUUCGGUUCAAAGGUACAUACUACAACAAAAUGCUAAUUUCGUGUUUCGUAUUCAGGCAACCAAUUCUGGCAAUAAAUAUGGUGAGCUGAUUUUGGAUAAGGAAUUAGACAGAGAAGAACAGCAGGACUUAAAAUUGCUCCUUACAGCAGUGGAUGGUGGUUCUCCUCCCAGAUCUGGUACAGUAGUCAUACAUAUCAUUGUACUUGAUGCUAAUGACAACGCCCCAGUUUUUACUCAGGCUGUUUAUACAUCAUCUGUCAAAGAAGACGCCACACUUAAAACACCAGUUAUUACUGUGAGCGCAUCAGAUGCAGACGAAGGUGUAAAUGGCGAAAUAACAUACCAGUUCAGCAGAAUGUCUGAUAAAUCACGAAAUAUUUUUUCUCUCAAUGAUAAAACUGGAGACAUUUUUGUUAUAGGCGAGAUUGAUUAUGAAGAGGGAUCAACGCAUGAAGUGUUUGUUGAAGCUAAAGAUGGUUAUGGACUUUCUACUGUGACAAAAGUAAUAAUUGAUAUAAUUGAUGUAAAUGACAACGCUCCUGUGAUCAAUUUAAAGUCACUGUCUAAUCCAGUACCAGAGAAUGUGUCACCUGGUACAGAGGUGGGCAUCAUUAAUGUUCAGGACAGAGACUCUGAGAAGAACGGACAGGUCCGCAUCUCCAUUCAACAAAAUGUCCCCUUUAAGUUAGUUCCUUCAAUUAAAAACUAUUAUUCUCUGGUGACUACUGGACAACUGGACCGUGAACUAGUGUCUGAUUACAACAUUACAAUCAGUGCCACUGACGAGGGCUCUCCUCCUCUGUCCUCCUCUAAAAGUCUUCACUUAUCUGUAGCAGACAUCAACGACAACCCACCUGUGUUUGAGGAACAGUCCUACAGUGCAUAUGUGAGUGAAAAUAACAAAGCUGGCUCCACUUUAUGUUCCGUUAGUGCUCGAGACCCCGACUGGAGACAGAACGGUACCGUGAUUUAUUCUCUGUUAGCUGCUGAGGUGAACGGUGCCCCGGUGUCCUCCUAUGUGUCUGUUAACGGAGACACAGGUGUGAUCCACGCUGUCAGGUCAUUUGAUUAUGAACACUUGAGGAGUUUUAAAGUCCACGUCAUGGCCAGAGACAACGGUUCUCCUCCGCUGAGCAGUAACGUGAGCGUCAGUGUGUUCAUAUCGGAUGUGAAUGACAACUCUCCUCAGAUACUGUACCCCUCCCCAGAGGGUAACUCCUUCAUGACAGAGCUGGUCCCCAAAGCUGCACACGGAGGCUCUGUGGUGUCCAAAGUGAUAGCGGUGGACGCAGACUCUGGACAGAACGCCUGGCUGUCCUAUCAUAUAGUCAAGUCCACUGAUCCGGGACUUUUCACCAUUGGUCUCCACAGUGGAGAGAUCAGGACCCAGCGGGACAUUUCUGAAUCUGACAGCAUGAAACAGAACCUGAUUGUGGCAGUGAAAGAUAACGGACAGCCCCCUCUCUCUGCCACCUGCUCCAUGUAUUUACUUAUUUCUGACAACUUGGCUGAGGUGCCAGAACUGAAGGACAUUUCUUAUGAGGAGAAGAAUUCCAAACUGACGUCUUAUCUGAUCAUCGCGCUGGUGUCUGUGUCCACCUUCUUUCUGACCUUCAUCAUCAUCGUCCUGGGUGUGAGGUUUUGUCGCAGGAGAAAGCCCAGACUGUUGUUUGAUGGAGCAGUUGCCAUCCCCAGCGCGUAUCUGCCUCCUAAUUACGCAGAUGUUGACGGCACAGGAACUUUACGCAGCACCUACAACUAUGACGCCUACUUGACAACAGGUUCUAGAACCAGUGACUUUAAGUUUGUGUCUUCUUACAAUGACAACACGCUGCCUGCUGACCAGACUCUGAGGAAAAGUCCUUCCGACUUUGUUGAUGAUCUUCAGGAUUCAUUUGACCCUUUGAAGAGGAUGGCGCACACACGACGCAUGGUUCACAGCUGCAGCUUCAUCUUUUUCUUUGUUCUGCUCGAUUGUACACACGGGGACCUGAGCUAUUCUGUACAAGAGGAGCUGAAACGUGGAUCUAUCAUUGGAAAUAUCGCCAAGGAUCUCGGAUUGGAGGUGGGGAAACUGUCUGUUCGCAAGCCUCGUGUCGACAUGGAAAGAAAUGACAAACAGUAUUGCGGAAUAAACCUCCAGACAGGAGAUUUAAUGGUUGCUGACAGGAUCGACCGAGAGGAGCAUUGCGGUGAAAAACCUUCCUGUGUUCUAAGAUUCGAUCUGCUGCUGGAGAAUCCUUUGGAACUACACAGGUUGUCUCUGCAAGUGCAGGACGUGAAUGACAAUGCACCGAUUUUCCCUAAUGAUGUUGUGAGGCUGGAAAUCAGUGAGUCAGCUGUCAAAGGAGCUAAAUACCGCCUUAAUGCAGCAAAUGAUGCAGAUAUCGGAACAAAUUUGGUUCAAAGGUACAUACUACAACAAAAUGCUAAUUUUGUGUUUCGUAUUCAGGCGACCAAUUCUGGCAAUGAAUACGGUGAGUUGAUUUUGGAUAAGGAAUUAGACAGAGAAGAACAGCAGGAAUUAAAAUUGCUCCUUACAGCAGUGGAUGGUGGUUCUCCUCCCAGAUCUGGUACAGUAGUCAUACAUAUCAUUGUACUUGAUGCUAAUGACAACGCCCCAGUUUUUACUCAGGCUGUUUAUACAUCAUCUGUCAAAGAAGACGCCGCACUUAAAACACCAGUUAUUACUGUGAGCGCAUCAGAUGCAGACGAAGGUGUAAAUGGCGAAAUAACAUACCAGUUCAGCAAAAUGUCUGAUAAAUCACGUACUAUGUUUUCUCUCAAUGAUAAAACCGGAGAAAUAUUUGUUAUAGGCAAGAUUGAUUAUGAAGAGGGAUCAACGCAUGGAGUGUUUGUUGAAGCUAAAGAUGGUUAUGGACUUUCUACAGUGACAAAAGUUGUAAUUGAUAUAAUUGAUGUAAAUGACAACGCUCCUGUGAUCAAUUUAAAGUCACUCUCUAAUCCAGUACCUGAGAAUGUGUCACCUGGUACAGAGGUGGGCAUCAUUAAUGUUCAGGACAGAGACUCUGAGAAGAACGGACAGGUCCGCUGCUCCCUUCAACAAAACAUACCCUUUAAGUUAGUUCCUUCUAUUAAAAACUAUUAUUCUCUGGUGACUACUGGACAACUGGACCGUGAACUAGUGUCUGAUUACAACAUUACAAUCAGUGCCACUGACGAGGGCUCUCCUCCUCUGUCCUCCUCUAAAAGUCUUCACUUAUCUGUAGCAGACAUCAAUGACAACCCACCUGUGUUUGAGGAACAGCCCUACAGUGCAUAUGUGAGUGAAAAUAACAAAGCUGGAUCCACUUUAUGUUCUGUUAGUGCUCGAGAUCCCGACUGGAGACAGAACGGUACCGUGAUUUAUUCUCUGUUAGCUGCUGAGGUGAACGGUGCCCCGGUGUCCUCCUAUGUGUCUGUUAACGGAGACACAGGUGUGAUCCACGCUGUCAGGUCAUUUGAUUAUGAACACUUGAGGAGUUUUAAAGUCCACGUCAUGGCCAGAGACAACGGUUCUCCUCCGCUGAGCAGCAACGUGAGCGUCAGUGUGUUCAUAUCGGAUGUGAAUGACAACUCUCCUCAGAUACUGUACCCCUCCCCAGAGGGUAACUCCUUCAUGACAGAGCUGGUCCCCAAAGCUGCACACGGAGGCUCUGUGGUGUCCAAAGUGAUAGCGGUGGACGCAGACUCUGGACAGAACGCCUGGCUGUCCUAUCAUAUAGUCAAGUCCACUGAUCCGGGACUUUUCACCAUUGGUCUCCACAGUGGAGAGAUCAGGACCCAGCGGGACAUUUCUGAAUCUGACAGCAUGAAACAGAACCUGAUUGUGGCAGUGAAAGAUAACGGACAGCCCCCUCUCUCUGCCACCUGCUCCAUGUAUUUACUUAUUUCUGACAACUUGGCUGAGGUGCCAGAACUGAAGGACAUUUCUUAUGAGGAGAAGAAUUCCAAACUGACGUCUUAUCUGAUCAUCGCGCUGGUGUCUGUGUCCACCUUCUUUCUGACCUUCAUCAUCAUCGUCCUGGGUGUGAGGUUUUGUCGCAGGAGAAAGCCCAGACUGUUGUUUGAUGGAGCAGUUGCCAUCCCCAGCGCGUAUCUGCCUCCUAAUUACGCAGAUGUUGACGGCACAGGAACUUUACGCAGCACCUACAACUAUGACGCCUACUUGACAACAGGUUCUAGAACCAGUGACUUUAAGUUUGUGUCUUCUUACAAUGACAACACGCUGCCUGCUGACCAGACUCUGAGGAAAAGUCUGUCUGACUUUGUUGAUGAGCUUCAGGAUUCUUUCGACCCUUUGGAGUUAUUUUUGUUUUUGGACGCAAUGAAGAACAAAAGAUUUGCCUCCUGUGGCUACUGCCUCGCCUUUCUUUUCCUUUUCCUUCACAUCGUCAAUGGAGACGUGAGCUACUCUAUACCAGAGGAGAUGAAACGUGGAUCUGUCAUUGGGAAUAUCGGCAAGGAUUUGGGACUUAAUUUGGGCCAGUUAUCUGCUCGAAAGGCACGCAUUAAUCCUGUGGACAACAACGUUCAGCACUGCGGCAUCAACCUCAACACUGGUGACUUGAUUGUUCAGGAGAGGAUCGACAGGGAAGGGCUUUGUGGUAAAAAGGCUUCAUGUGUUCUUAAACAAGAAUUUGUGCUUGAAAAUCCAUUACAGCUCCAUCAAAUUAACAUCCGUGUUUUAGAUAUUAAUGAUAAUUCACCACAGUUCAAUGAAUAUGCAGUUAAAUUAGAAAUUCAGGAAUCGGCGGUCAAGGGCUCUCGUUUUCUUCUCGGGGAAGCACAUGAUGGAGACAUAGGAGAAAAUGCUGUUCAAAGCUACACUUUACAGCAGAAUGAUCAUUUCAAAUUAAAUGUAAACACUAAACCAGGUGGACGGAAGUACUGUGAAUUGGUCUUAGACAAAGAAUUAGAUAGAGAAGAUAACAAAGACAUCAUGCUCUCUCUGACUGCAUAUGAUGGCGGCUCUCCUCAGAGAUCAGGUACAGUAGUCAUACAUGUCACUGUGCUGGAUGCUAAUGAUAAUGUACCAGUGUUUAGUCAGACAGUCUAUAAAGCCAGUCUGCCUGAAAACUCUCCUCUUGAUACAUUGGUGAUCACAGUGAGUGCAAGUGAUGCAGAUGAAGGAUUAAAUAGUGAAAUUACAUAUGCAUUUGAUCAUGUUUCUGAUGACAAUAAUAAUGUAUUUACAUUGCAUCCCAAAACUGGAGAUGUGAGAGUGGCUGGUGUUGUUGAUUAUGAGAAAAUGUCAUCAUAUGAAAUGCAAAUAAGCGCUAAAGAUGGUCUUGGAUUAGUGUCUUAUUCAACAUUAUAUAUUGAUCUUACUGAUGUAAAUGACAAUACUCCGGUUAUUUUGCUGAAUACUCUGUCUAAUCCAGUACCAGAGAAUGUGUCACCUGGUACAGAGGUGGGCAUCAUUAAUGUUCAGGACAGAGACUCUGAGCAGAACGGACACGUCCGCUGCUCCAUUGAACAAAAUGUCCCCUUUAAUUUAGUUUCUUCUAUUAAAAACUAUUAUUCUCUGGUGACUACUGGACAACUGGACCGUGAACUAGUGUCUGAUUACAACAUUACAAUCAGUGCCACUGACGAGGGCUCUCCUCCUCUGUCCUCCUCUAAAAGUCUUCACUUAUCUGUAGCAGACAUCAAUGACAACCCACCUGUGUUUGAGGAACAGUCCUACAGCGCAUAUGUGAGUGAAAAUAACAAAGCUGGAUCCACUUUAGGUUCCGUUAGUGCUCGAGACCCCGACUGGAGACAGAACGGUACCGUGAUUUAUUCUCUGAUAGCCGCUGAGGUGAACGGUGCCCCGGUGUCCUCCUAUGUGUCUGUUAACGGAGACACAGGUGUGAUCCACGCUGUCAGGUCAUUUGAUUAUGAACACUUGAGGAGUUUUAAAGUCCACGUCAUGGCCAGAGACAACGGUUCUCCUCCGCUGAGCAGCAACGUGAGCGUCAGUGUGUUCAUAUCGGAUGUGAAUGACAACUCUCCUCAGAUACUGUACCCCUCCCCAGAGGGUAACUCCUUCAUGACAGAGCUGGUCCCCAAAGCUGCACACGGAGGCUCUGUGGUGUCCAAAGUGAUAGCGGUGGACGCAGACUCUGGACAGAACGCCUGGCUGUCCUAUCAUAUAGUCAAGUCCACUGAUCCGGGACUUUUCACCAUUGGUCUCCACAGUGGAGAGAUCAGGACCCAGCGGGACAUUUCUGAAUCUGACAGCAUGAAACAGAACCUGAUUGUGGCAGUGAAAGAUAACGGACAGCCCCCUCUCUCUGCCACCUGCUCCAUGUAUUUACUUAUUUCUGACAACUUGGCUGAGGUGCCAGAACUGAAGGACAUUUCUUAUGAGGAGAAGAAUUCCAAACUGACGUCUUAUCUGAUCAUCGCGCUGGUGUCUGUGUCCACCUUCUUUCUGACCUUCAUCAUCAUCGUCCUGGGUGUGAGGUUUUGUCGCAGGAGAAAGCCCAGACUGUUGUUUGAUGGAGCAGUUGCCAUCCCCAGCGCGUAUCUGCCUCCUAAUUACGCAGAUGUUGACGGCACAGGAACUUUACGCAGCACCUACAACUAUGACGCCUACUUGACAACAGGUUCUAGAACCAGUGACUUUAAGUUUGUGUCUUCUUACAAUGACAACACGCUGCCUGCUGACCAGACUCUGAGGAAAAGUCCUUCUGACUUUGUUGAUGAUCUUCAUGAUUCUUUUGACCCUUUGGAGUGGGCACUGUCCGUGAGGCUCCACUGUUGCAUUGCUUCACAGAAGCGUGCCACCUCUGCCCUCAGAGUGAGACGUUAUUUUCUUGGAAUUUUUGUUACAAUGGAGAGCAAAAAAAUAACGGCAUUAGGCCACAGCCUCGCCUUUUUUUUCUUUUUCCUCCACACCAUCAAUGGAGACGUGAGCUACUCUAUCCCAGAGGAGAUGAAACGUGGAUCUGUCAUUGGAAAUAUCGCCAAGGAUUUGGGACUUAGCUUGGACCAGUUUUCUGCUCGUAAAGCACGCAUUAAUCCCGGGGGUAACAACGUUCAGCACUGCGGCAUCAACCUCAACACUGGUGACUUGGUUGUUCAGGAGAGGAUUGACAGAGAAGGGCUUUGUGGCAAAAAGGCUUCAUGUGUUCUUAAACAAGAAUUAGUGCUGGAAAAUCCAUUAGAGCUGCACCAUAUUAAUAUACGUGUUGUGGAUAUUAAUGAUAAUUCACCACAGUUUAAUGAGGAGUCAUUGAAAAUAGAAAUACGUGAGUCUGCAGACAAAGGAGAGCGUUUUCUUCUUAGAGAAGCACAUGAUGGAGAUGUCGGAGAAAAUGCUGUUCAAAGCUACACUUUACAGCAGAAUGAGCAUUUCAAAUUAAAUGUAAACACCAAACCAGGUGGACGGAAGUACUGUGAAUUGGUCUUAGACAAAGAAUUAGAUAGAGAAGAUAACAAAGACAUCAUGCUCUCUCUGACUGCAUAUGAUGGCGGCUCUCCUCAGAGAUCAGGUACAGUAGUCAUACAUGUCACUGUGCUGGAUGCUAAUGAUAAUGUACCAGUGUUUAGUCAGACAGUCUAUAAAGCCAGUCUGCCUGAAAACUCUCCUCUUGAUACAUUGGUGAUCACAGUGAGUGCAAGUGAUGCAGAUGAAGGAUUAAAUAGUGAAAUUACAUACGCAUUUGAUCAUGUUUCUGAUGAAAAUAUUAAUGUAUUUACAUUGCAUCCUAAAACUGGAGAUGUGAGAGUGGCUGGUGUUGUUGAUUAUGAGAAAAUGUCAUCAUAUGAAAUGCAAAUAAGCGCAAUUGACGGCCUCGGCUUGAUUUCAUACAGUUCUUUGAUUAUUGAAGUUAUUGACAAAAAUGACAACGCUCCUGUGAUUAAUUUAAACUCACUGUCUAAUCCAGUACCAGAGAAUGUGUCACCUGGUACACAGGUGGGUAUAAUUAAUGUUCAGGACAGAGACUCUGAGCAGAACGGACAGGUCCGCUGCUCCAUUCAACAAAAUUUCCCGUUUAGAUUAGUUCCUUCUAUUAAAAACUAUUAUUCUCUGGUGACUACUGGACAACUGGACCGUGAACUAGUGUCUGAUUACAACAUUACAAUCAGUGCCACUGACGAGGGCUCUCCUCCUCUGUCCUCCUCUAAAAGUCUUCACUUAUCUGUAGCAGACAUCAACGACAACCCACCUGUGUUUGAGGAACAGUCCUACAGUGCAUAUGUGAGUGAAAAUAACAAAGCUGGAUCCACUUUAUGUUCCGUUAGUGCUCGAGACCUUGACUGGAGACAGAACGGUACCGUGAUUUAUUCUCUGAUAGCUGCUGAGGUGAACGGUGCCCCGGUGUCCUCCUAUGUGUCUGUUAACGGAGACACAGGUGUGAUCCACGCUGUCAGGUCAUUUGAUUAUGAACACUUGAGGAGUUUUAAAGUCCACGUCAUGGCCAGAGACAACGGUUCUCCUCCGCUGAGCAGCAACGUGAGCGUCAGUGUGUUCAUAUCGGAUGUGAAUGACAACUCUCCUCAGAUACUGUACCCCUCCCCAGAGGGUAACUCCUUCAUGACAGAGCUGGUCCCCAAAGCUGCACACGGAGGCUCUGUGGUGUCCAAAGUGAUAGCGGUGGACGCAGACUCUGGACAGAACGCCUGGCUGUCCUAUCAUAUAGUCAAGUCCACUGAUCCGGGACUUUUCACCAUUGGUCUCCACAGUGGAGAGAUCAGGACCCAGCGGGACAUUUCUGAAUCCGACAGCAUGAAACAGAACCUGAUUGUGGCAGUGAAAGAUAACGGACAGCCCCCUCUCUCUGCCACCUGCUCCAUGUAUUUACUUAUUUCUGACAACUUGGCUGAGGUGCCAGAACUGAAGGACAUUUCUUAUGAGGAGAAGAAUUCCAAACUGACGUCUUAUCUGAUCAUCGCGCUGGUGUCUGUGUCCACCUUCUUUCUGACCUUCAUCAUCAUCGUCCUGGGUGUGAGGUUUUGUCGCAGGAGAAAGCCCAGACUGUUGUUUGAUGGAGCAGUUGCCAUCCCCAGCGCGUAUCUGCCUCCUAAUUACGCAGAUGUUGACGGCACAGGAACUUUACGCAGCACCUACAACUAUGACGCCUACUUGACAACAGGUUCUAGAACCAGUGACUUUAAGUUUGUGUCUUCUUACAAUGACAACACGCUGCCUGCUGACCAGACUCUGAGGAAAAGUCCUUCUGACUUCGAUGAUGAGCUUCAUGACUCGUUUGAUCCAUUGGAGUGUAUAUUUGAGGAUAUUAUAAUCAUAUUGUUUUACAUUUUGAUGCAUCCAUUUUUUGAUGCAAUGGAGAACAAAAGAUUGGCAUCCAAUGGCUACCGCCUCGCCUUUCUUUUCCUUUUCCUCCACACCAUCAAUGGAGACGUGAGCUACUCUAUCCCCGAGGAGAUGAAACGUGGAUCUGUAAUUGGGAAUAUCGCCAAGGAUUUGGGACUUGAUUUGGGCCAGUUAUCUGCUCGUAAAGCACGCAUUGAUCCUGAGGAUGACAACAACGUUCAGCACUGCGGCAUCAACCUCAACACUGGUGACUUGAUUGUUCAGGAGAGGAUGGACAGGGAAGAGCUUUGUGGCAAAAAGGCUUCAUGUGUUCUUAAACAAGAAUUAGUGCUCGAAAAUCCAUUACAGCUGCACCGUAUUAAUAUUCGUGUUGUAGAUAUUAAUGAUAAUUCACCACAGUUCAAUGAAGAUUCACUCAAAUUUGAAAUCCAUGAAUCAGCAGACAAAGGUGCUCAUUUUCUUCUCGGGGAAGCACAGGAUGGAGACAUCGGUGAAAAUGCUGUUCAAAGCUACACUUUGCAGCAGAAUGAUCAUUUCAAAUUAAAUAUAAACACUAAACCAGGUGGACGGAAGUACUGUGAAUUGGUCUUAGACAAAGAAUUAGAUCGAGAAGAUAAAAAAGACAUCAUGCUCUCUCUGACUGCAUAUGAUGGCGGCUCUCCUCAGAGAUCAGGUACAGUAGUCAUACAUGUCACUGUGCUGGAUGCUAAUGAUAAUGUACCAGUGUUUAGUCAGACAGUCUAUAAAGCCAGUCUGCCUGAAAACUCUCCUCUUGAUACAUUGGUGAUCACAGUGAGUGCAAGUGAUGCAGAUGAAGGAUUAAAUAGUGAAAUUACAUAUGCCUUUGAUCAUGUUUCUGAUGACAAAAGACAUGUAUUUACAUUGCAUCCCAAAACUGGAGAUGUAAGAGUGGCUGGUGUUGUUGAUUAUGAGAAAAUGUCAUCAUAUGAAAUGCAAAUAAGCGCUAAAGAUGGUCUUGGAUUAGUUUCUUAUUCAACAUUAAUCAUUGAUCUUUUUGAUGUAAAUGACAACGCACCUUUGAUUAAUUUAAAGUCACUGUCUAAUCCAGUACCAGAGAAUGUGUCACCUGGUACAGAGGUGGGCAUCAUUAAUGUUCAGGACAGAGACUCUGAGCAGAAUGGACAAGUCCGCUGCUCCGUUCAAAAGAAUGUCCCCUUUAAAUUAGUUCCUUCUGUUAAAAACUAUUAUUCUCUGGUGACUACUGGACAACUGGACCGUGAACUAGUGUCUGAUUACAACAUUACAAUCAGUGCCACUGACGAGGGCUCUCCUCCUCUGUCCUCCUCUAAAAGUCUUCACUUAUCUGUAGCAGACAUCAACGACAACCCACCUGUGUUUGAGGAACAGUCCUACAGCGCAUAUGUGAGUGAAAAUAACAAAGCUGGAUCCACUUUAUGUUCCGUUAGUGCUCGAGACCCCGACUGGAGACAGAACGGUACCGUGAUUUAUUCUCUGUUAGCUGCUGAGGUGAACGGUGCCCCGGUGUCCUCCUAUGUGUCUGUUAACGGAGACACAGGUGUGAUCCACGCUGUCAGAUCGUUUGAUUAUGAACACUUGAGGAGUUUUAAAGUCCACGUCAUGGCCAGAGACAACGGUUCUCCUCCACUGAGCAGCAACGUGAGCGUCAGUGUGUUCAUAUCGGAUGUGAAUGACAACUCUCCUCAGAUACUGUACCCCUCCCCAGAGGGUAACUCCUUCAUGACAGAGCUGGUCCCCAAAGCUGCACACGGAGGCUCUGUGGUGUCCAAAGUGAUAGCGGUGGACGCAGACUCUGGACAGAACGCCUGGCUGUCCUAUCAUAUAGUCAAGUCCACUGAUCCGGGACUUUUCACCAUCGGUCUCCACAGUGGAGAGAUCAGGACCCAGCGGGACAUUUCUGAAUCCGACAGCAUGAAACAGAACCUGAUUGUGGCAGUGAAAGAUAACGGACAGCCCCCUCUCUCUGCCACCUGCUCCAUGUAUUUACUUAUUUCUGACAACUUGGCUGAGGUGCCAGAACUGAAGGACAUUUCUUAUGAGGAGAAGAAUUCCAAACUGACGUCUUAUCUGAUCAUCGCGCUGGUGUCUGUGUCCACCUUCUUUCUGACCUUCAUCAUCAUCGUCCUGGGUGUGAGGUUUUGUCGCAGGAGAAAGCCCAGACUGUUGUUUGAUGGAGCAGUUGCCAUCCCCAGCGCAUAUCUGCCUCCUAAUUACGCAGAUGUUGACGGCACAGGAACUUUACGCAGCACCUACAACUAUGACGCCUACUUGACAACAGGUUCUAGAACCAGUGACUUUAAGUUUGUGUCUUCUUACAAUGACAACACGCUGCCUGCUGACCAGACUCUGAGGAAAAGUCCUUCUGACUUUGUUGAGGAUCUUCAUGAUUCUUUCGACCCUUUGGAGGCUUGUCCCUGA